GUUCUUUGACGGCUGCAGAUGGUGAAUUGGAGAAGUGGGAAGUGAAUAAGAUUGCAGUCAUACUUUUAUUCUAUUUAUCCCGCCUUUUUUCUCUAUUUUACGCUUUUACCUUCUUACCCAAACUCUCACUUUCUCACUUUUCUCUCAACGUCCUUCUUUUCUACACCUUUAUUUAUCUACCUAAUCCACUAUCUUACUUUACCUCCAUCUACAACCUCCAUCGACAACCUACACUGCAACUUACACAACCGACCAACUAAUCAUGUCCCGCAACAUCGGCAUCCUCACCUCCGGCGGCGACGCCCCCGGCAUGAACGCCGCCAUCCGCGCCGUCGUGCGUACCGCCAUCCGCUUCUCCUGCACCCCCUACGCCAUCCACGAAGGCUACGACGGCCUGAUCACCGGCGCCUCCCGCAUCCACCCACUGACCUGGGAAGACGUACGCGGCUACCUCGCCCGUGGCGGAACCCUGAUCGGCUCGGUGCGCUGCGAGGCCUUCCGCCACCGUGCCGGGCGUCUGCAAGCCGCCAAGAACCUUGUCCUGAACGGCAUCGAUGCGCUGGUCAUCUGCGGCGGCGACGGUAGUCUGACGGGCGCGGACGUCUUUCGAGGCGAGUGGUCGGGUCUGCUGGACGAGUUGGUAAAGAACGGAGAGCUGGACGAGCAGGCUGUCAAGGGUCAUGAGAACCUGAGCGUAGUGGGCUUGCUGGGGUCGAUUGAUAAUGAUUUCUCCGGGACGGAUGCCACGAUUGGAUGUUAUUCGGCGCUGGCGAGGAUCUGCGAGGCCGUGGAUGAUGUCUUUGAUACGGCGAGUUCGCAUCGCAGGGGAUUCGUGAUCGAGGUGAUGGGGAGGCAUUGCGGAUGGUUGGCACUCAUGGCGGCCAUCGCGACGGGGGCCGAUUGGUUGUUUAUUCCGGAAAGACCGCCGAGGCAGGGCUGGGAGGAUGAUAUGUGUGAGGUUAUUAUGAAGAAUCGCAACCGUGGCAAACGACGCACGAUCGUGAUCAUGGCAGAGGGCGCCCAGGAUCAUAAUCUGCAGCGCAUUUCCUCCGACACCGUCAAGAACGUCCUCAGUACCCGUUUAGAACUCGACACGCGUGUUACGGUGCUCGGCCAUAUCCAGCGCGGAGGCAGCCCAUGCGCUUACGACCGCUGGCUGGCUACCCUGCAGGGCAUCGAGGCCGUCAAGGCGGUGCUGGAUAUGACGCCCGACUCGCCGUCGCCGGUUGUGACGAUUCAAGAAGCUCGCAUAAAAACGUCGUCGCUGGCAGAGACGGUGGCGCUGACGAAGGAGGCCAAUGCUAGUCUACAGGCGAAGGACUUCGAUAAGGCCAUGAAGCUGCGAGAUCCCGAGUUCAUGGAGUAUCAUCGGGCAUAUCGACGAUUAAGCACGGCAGAUCAUCCACGCACCAUGCUACCCACGGAGAAGAGAAUGCGCAUCGCCAUCAUCCACGUUGGAAGUCCCGCCGCAGGCAUGAACGCAGCCACGCGCGCCGCCGUAGCUUACUGUCUGACCAAAGGCCACACGCCCAUCGCCAUCCACAACGGCUUUCCGGGGCUCUGCCGCCACCACGCCGACACGCCCGUCUCCAGCGUGCGCGUCCUGCGCUGGGAGGAUUGCGAGGACUGGGUCACCGACGGCGGCUCAGACAUCGGCACAAACAGCGGGCUCCCAUGCGCCGACCUGCCCACAACCGCGCGCUGCUUCGAAUCGCACGCCUUCGACGCCCUCCUCGUCAUCGGCGGCCUGGAAGCCCACGCAGCCAUUCACCAACUGCGCGCCGCCAGAGCCACCUACCCGUCGUUCCGCAUCCCCAUGAUCCUCCUCCCCGCUAGCAUGGCCAACAACGUUCCGGGCACUGAAUACAGUCUGGGCAGCGACACCAGUCUGAACACCCUUGUCUACUUCUGCGACGUCGUCCGCCAAUCGGCCUCCUCAUCUCGCCGCUGCGUCUUCGUCGUCGAAGCCCAAGGCUCUUCCGCCCCUUGCCCUAGCCCUUACCCCGGCAUUGACCAAUAUCCCAACCUCAACAACAACAACAACAACAGCGACAACGCCUCCGCAUACCUCGCUACGGCCGCCGCUCUAACCGCCGGCGCUAUGACCGUCUACACGCCUGCCCACCCCAUCACCCUCGACCGCCUCUCCACCGAUAUCUCCUACCUGCGCUCCCAGUUCGCAAACGACCACGGCGCGCCUCGCGCCGGCAAACUUAUCAUCCGCAACGAGAGCACCUCGCCGCAGUACAGCACCAACAUGGUUGCGCGCAUCAUCCAGGGUGAGGCGCACGGCCGGUUCGAGGCCAAGGGCGUCGUGCCGGGCCACUUCCAGCAGGGCGGGAAGGUGUCGCCGAUCGAUCGCAUCAGGGCGUUCAGGCUCGCUGUGAAGUGCAUGGAAUGGUUGGAAGGAUGGGCGGGCCGGACGGUGGAUGCCGGAGAGGGCGAGGGCGUCGCGAGGAUUGGCAUCCGCGGGAGCCGCGUGUUGGUGGAGGAGAUGAAAGACGGGGAGGGAGAGGCAGAGACGGGUGAGAAGAAGGUCUGGGAGGGAUUACAGGAUGUGGUGGAUUUCUUGUCGGGGAGAGCCGUUUGAUACACACUGACUGGCUUCGGCGAGUCUGGCUAUCUGGUUCAUUCACUAACGAUUUUGUUGGCUUGUUCUUGAGCGACUGAUUGCGGGUUUGUUGCGUCUUGCUAGUACUGCCUUUUCUUAUUCUUCUGUCUUUCUCAAUGAACUCACCCAUGUAAUGCAUCAUAGAUGCUACAUACCACC